AUGUCCGUCAACCACCUGCCAUUCGAGCUGCCGGCGGCCUGGCCGUGGAAGCUUCCGGUGGAACCACACGCGGGUGAGUUCUCGCUGAGACAACCGCCGCCGCCGCCGCCGCCGCCCACGCCGGAGGGGGGCCGCGGGAGGGAGCUCCUCUUCGAGAAACCCUUGACUCCGAGCGAUGUGGGGAAGCUCAACAGGCUGGUGAUACCGAAGCAGUACGCCGAGAAGUACUUCCCUCUCGACGGCGACUCGGGGCUGCUUCUGAGCUUCGAGGACGAGUUGGGGAAACUAUGGCAGUUCCGCUACUCGUACUGGACCAGCAGCCAGAGCUACGUGCUGACCAAGGGAUGGAGCCGCUUCAUCCGCGAGAAGAGGCUCCACGCCGGCGACGUCGUGCUCUUCCAGCGGCGCCGCUGCUACGCCGGUGACAGGAUCUUCAUUGGCUGGAAGCGCCGCGCGGGGAAGCGAGGCCACCUGGAGGCCCACGUCGCGACCCGGCUGGGCCAAACGUACAACCCUGCUGCUACACCGUCUCCGCCGUGCCCGUUGACAGAAGGAGACCCCCGUCUCCCUUCCCCGGCGGCAGAGGGCAGCUCGAGGAUGCUGAGGCUGUUCGGCGUGAAUCUGCGCUGCGGACCCAUCGAACAGUAG